AUGAAGAAACUGUUUCAGAUCAGAGUAACAAACCGUGAAAGACAAGUCGAGAGCAAGAUGGGUGUUCUAGGACACGUAAAAAGCUACUUUGGAGUAGUAGAGAGCCAAGGUCGAGGAACGCUUCAUCUCCAUUUAUUCGUGUGGCUUCAAGGUGCACCAUCGGCAGAUGAAAUCAUCGAGGCUCUCGGACACGAAGAUUUCCGUGAAAGGAUAUAG